GUCCAGUGUCUAUUUUAGAAGCAAGGGCACGCAUGCAUGUUUUGAUCAGUCUGUGGUGACGGUAUGGCGAGAUUCUUACAAACAAACUUUAGAAAUGUAUUCGCCACGCAGUUAAGAAUGUCAUCCGACCAGUUGGGUGAGCUUGGCAAAGGUGCAGGAAAAGGUGGUGGUGGCGGAGGCUCCAUUCGAGAGGCAGGGGGAGCGUUUGGAAAGAAGCAAGCAAUGGAGGAGGAGAUGUACUUCAAGCGUAAAGAGAAGGAACAGCUAGAUUCUCUCAAGCAGCACCACCAGGGAGAGAUAAACCAUCACAAGAAGGAGAUUGACCGGCUUCAGAAAGAGAUCAAACGCCACGAAGGGAAAAUGGACGAACUGAAAGGCUGAAUGUGGCAAAAACACGAAAAAGCUGGGAGCUCCUUGUGCCUGGUUUCAGACUCAGUGAUUGCUUGUGAUGCAUGAUGUUCCGUACCUGAUUGUAACUUUCACUGUACAUAUGGAUUAUUAAAAUGACUGGUUGAGAUAAAUGCAAA